AUGGCGGACUCGGCAGGAAAUUGGUGUCUCAUUGAAAGCGAUCCUGGCGUUUUUACAGAAUUGAUUAAAGAAUUCGGGGUCAAAGGUGCACAAGUAGAAGAAUUAUGGAGUUUGGAUGAUGAACAAUUCAAUGAGUUGAUGCCUAUUCAUGGUUUAAUAUUUUUAUUCAAAUGGGUACAAGAUGAUGAAUUAUCAGGGAAUAUUGUACAAGAUAACAGAUUGGACAAAAUAUUCUUUGCAAAACAGGUAAUAAAUAAUGCUUGUGCGACCCAAGCAAUAUUGAGUGUUUUAUUAAACUGUAAGCAUGUAGACAUAUCUCUCGGACCAAACUUAGAAGAAUUUAAAAAUUUCUGUCAAAGCUUUGAUGCAAAUAUGCGUGGACUUGCACUUAGUAAUUCUGAUGUUAUAAGAGAAGUACAUAAUUCCUUCUCUAGACAAACAUUAUUUGAAUAUGACUCAAAACAGGCAUCUAAGGAUGAUGAUGUGUUUCAUUUUGUGAGUUAUGUUCCAAUUGAUGGUCGUUUAUACGAAUUAGAUGGAUUGAAAGAUGGGCCAAUUGAUCUGGGUCCGUGUUCAGUAGGGAAACAAUGGGUACAAGCUGCGAAACCUAUAAUUCAAAAACGGAUAAACAAGUAUAACGAAGGCGAGAUUCAUUUCAAUUUAAUGGCUAUAGUGACAGAUAGAAAAACUUUAUAUGAAAGACAGAAGGCCAAUGUUUGUGAUCCUGAAGAAUUAGAACGUCUACAAGCCUUAAUUGAGGAAGAGAUUAGAAAAUCAAAGAGAUAUCAAAUAGAGAAUAUCAGAAGAAAGCAUAAUUAUUUACCACUUAUCAUGGAACUUUUGAAGAUUCUUGCUAAAGAAGGCAAACUUGUGUCUUUGUAUCAGAAAGCAAAAGAGAAAGCACUUGAAAAGGAGUCAAAGAAAAAUAAAGUUUAAAUUUAAAUUUAAAUGAGACUAAGAGAAAGGAAACUUAGUAUGAUAUAAAUGUUCCACAAUAUCUGUAACACAAAAAUUGAAAUGUAACAUAUACACGAGUACAAAUUAUAUUUACAAAUAUAAAUUAGAUAUUUCGUUACCGGCGAAAUUAUCAAUCAUCAUUUUGCAUUCUUGAACAAGAUAAAAAACUUUGUAAAGGAAUACUGCAGUUGCUCCGUCAAAGUGUUGCGCAACAUGGGCCAUAUAAUUUCGCGAGUAUUGGAUAUUCCUUUUAUAUACAUACUGCAAAAAUAAGUAUAUGCGUUUGUAUAGUAUAUAGUGCGAUUCAACAAAAUUUGUGAUCUGUUAAAAGCAAUCUAAAUGAUACUCAAUACAUAUUGUACUACAAUAAUAGUUAUAGAAUGAUAUUUACUAUUCAAUUAAUUGUUAAUGUCGUUUAAAUAAAUAGGACCCGU